UGGACUCAGUUCAGUUUCUCCGCAUGUCAACACGGGACCGUGUCCGUGAGCACGGGGCAGAAAGAGACCUAGUGACCGAGCGGAGAGGGUUAGCAACCGCGUCGCUUCUUUCUUUUUUUUUAACGGCAGAAGCGUGUUUAGUGUUUCCGGAGACUCCUUUGUGCGCGCGCGCGUGUGUGUUUCGUGCGCGGGAAUCGCGCGUGUCCCCCAUGGAUGUGUCCGUCUUCUGAAGUUAACCGCGAGCUCGUGCGCUGCUGUUUUCUUUGGGCUCGCGCACUCCAGACUGCACGGUGUGCAUGCAUACAGGCCGCUUUGGGCUCUGUGUGUUUCUCUGUAUCAGUGUGUGUGAUGUGUGUGUGAUGUGUAUGUGUGUGUAUGUGUGUGUCCCUCUGGUCAGUGUUUAAAUGUUCCUAACGGAGGAGAGAUUAAAAAGGGCCAAAUCCGCUGCACUGCUUUCCCAAUAAGAGGAAUAUGAUCUCUUCCUGGCUGACUUUUGCACUUCUUUUGGGAACUUUUGGUGCAGUACCCAGCCAUGGAGAGGUGGAGACACGAGAGUGUUUGUACUACAACAUCAACUGGGAGAUUGAGAAGACCAACCAGAGCGGCGUGGAGCGGUGUGAAGGCGAGAAGGACAAGCGCUCUCACUGCUACGCUUCAUGGCGCAACAACUCUGGAACCAUCGAGCUUGUGAAGAAGGGCUGCUGGUUGGAUGACUUCAACUGCUAUGACAGGCAAGAGUGCGUGGCCACGGAGGAGAACCCGCAAGUGUUCUUCUGCUGCUGCGAGGGCAGCUUCUGCAACGAGAGGUUCACACACCUACCCGAAGUGGGCGGACCAGUGAUCGAGCCCCCUCCUGCUGAGCUCUCUCUGUUGAACGUAUUGGUGUAUUCCCUGCUGCCAGUCACAAUGCUCUCCAUGGCUCUGCUGCUGGCCUUCUGGAUGUACCGCCACCGCAAGCCACCCUACGGCCACGUCGACAUCAAUGAGGACCCGGGUCCAGCUCCUCCGUCUCCUCUGGUAGGGCUGAAACCCCUGCAGCUGUUGGAGAUUAAAGCUAGAGGGCGCUUUGGAUGUGUGUGGAAAGCCCAGAUGGUGAACGAAUACGUAGCUGUGAAGAUCUUCCCCAUUCAGGAUAAGCAGUCGUGGCAAAACGAGCGAGACAUGUUCAUCACACCAGGGAUGAAGCACGACAACUUGCUGCGUUACAUCGCUGCUGAGAAACGAGGGACCAGCCUGGAAAUGGAGCUCUGGCUCAUUACCGAGUUCCACGAAAAGGGUUCUCUGACUGAUUUUCUGAAGGGCAGCGUUGUAAGCUGGAAUGAGUUAUGUCACAUUGCUGAAACUAUGGCUUGUGGCCUGGCCUACCUUCAUGAAGAUGUACCACGGUAUAAAGGAGAAGGUCCCAAACCUGCCAUUGCUCACAGGGAUUUCAAGAGUAAAAAUGUGAUGCUGAAGAACGAUCUGACGGCCGUCAUCGGCGACUUCGGCUUGGCAGUGAGAUUUGAGCCUGGAAAAGCUCCAGGAGACACUCAUGGCCAGGUUGGCACACGGAGGUACAUGGCACCUGAGGUUCUGGAAGGAGCCAUUAACUUCCAGAGGGAUGCGUUUCUGAGGAUAGACAUGUACGCCGUGGGACUCGUGCUCUGGGAGCUGGUGUCCCGCUGUGCAGCCGCCGAUGGUCCAGUAGAUGAGUACAUGCUGCCCUUUGAGGAGGAGAUCGGACAGCACCCGUCCCUGGAGGACCUGCAGGACGUCGUGGUCCACAAAAAGAUGAGACCCGUGCUGAAGGAGUGCUGGCUUAAACAUCCGGGUCUGGAGCAGUUGUGUGAGACGAUAGAGGAAUGCUGGGACCAUGACGCUGAGGCUCGUCUGUCAGCAGGCUGCGUAGAGGAACGUCUCUCUCAGAUCCGGCGCCUUGGUAACGGCCCUGCCUCUGACUGCCUCGUCUCUGUGCUCACCUCCGUCACCAACGUGGACUUAUCACCCAAAGAGUCCAGCAUCUGAGAACGAGGUGGUGGUGGGGAACUCUCAAAAACGAAACCCGAAGCGAAAGAAACAACCUUCGUCUUUCCAGACUCAGCGGAUCUCAGACAACAAUGAAUGCAGCUGCUAUUUUAUCCUGACGUUUUUUAAAUUAAUUAUUAUUAUUAUUAUUAGUAUGAUUAUUAUUCUGAUCGGAUCAAUACUACCAGCACACUUCGCUACUGUAUUUUUAUCAAGAGAGGAAAACACAAAAGUUAAAGAAAAAAAAACAAGAAAAAAAAACAGCAUAAGGACAUCUCAAAGCGCAUUCAGGUGCCGACUUAUGAAUGCUGACAAGAUGCAGGUACCUCAACCGUUUCAGUUCAGUGGGUUUUGUUUUGUUUGUUUUUGUUUUUCUUUAUAUUCCAAUGUUUCUGUCUUCUGGACAGGAUUGCCUAAGGCAAAACUAACCAACACAUCAAGCAACCGUUCACCAUGUUGGAAAAACAACAAUGCUGCAAAACCUGUGAGGAACAUUUAUGACUGUUACAUUAACCUUCCUCAAGGAAUUUUUAUUUCCGAGUUUUUUUUAAAGAACUUUUCCUCUCUGACUGUGUGCUAUUCAAAUUUACGGAAAACGUGUCUUUUACGGAACUAACGGGUGUCUCUAGAACACAACAAUUGUGGAAGACAACUGGAUUGUUUUUUUUUGUUUGUUUGUUUUUUCUUUUCUUCUUCUUCAUUUGUUUUUUUGCUGUCAAAGCUGGCGACUGUGAAGAGGGGUCGGUUCAGAAUUUUUAAUCGUGUGGAAAUGAGAAUUUAGCUUAGAGAAUAUUGGCUUUGCAUUUAGAGAUAGUGGACGAGGCAAGGAUUUGGAUAAUGUGUUUUGUUUGGUACAGAAUUAUUUCUCAGGUAAACAGUUUUGG